CUCCGAAAAUCGCUGCAACCCCUAUCUUCAUAGCCAGGUGAGUUCUUAUUCUUGUUCUUCUCGUUCAUGGCGGUUUUCCUUCUUGCAGACAUCUUUGUCCUUGGGUUUGUCGAAACCUUUUCAACCCAUUUUGUCUGUUUCUCGGAAAUCAUUUAACAAAAUCGGUGAAACUAACAAACCCCUUUAGCCUGAUUCUGGGAAAUCAUCAACGAAAACGCUGAAAUUAAUUCACCCCAUUACCCUUUUUUGGGGAAAUCAUCGAUAAUACGUUGAAACUUGCGAACCCCUUCAGCCUGCUUUUGGGAUAUCGUUUGUGCUUGCUUUUUAUGGAGUUUCAAACCCUUUAUGCGAGUCGUUUGUGACGCCCAGUUGUUUUGUAUUUUUGAUUGUGACGAUUUUAGAUCGACCCAUCUCAGUUUGAGGUAGGAUUAGCAGAAUUCUGUGGUGUUUGAUUGAUAAGAGAUAAGGGUUGUAUCAUAAGGGAGGGUGCAAUGGGUGAAAGUGUUUCAGAAUCUGAGAUUCAAGGUGUGAAAGAAGCACUUGGAGCUGGACAACAGCUUCUACAGAAGCUUUAUACAGAGCUGGACAAGGAAAGGGAAGCGUCAGCCACUGCAGCAAGUGAAGCCCUAUCGAUGAUUCUGCGUUUGCAAGAAGAAAAGGCUGCUAUGAAGAUGGAAGCAAGUCAAUAUCAAAGAAUGGCAGAGGAACAAAUAUCCCAUGCUGAAGAUUAUCUUGCUGGGUUUGAAGAUAUGAUAUAUCAAAAAGAAAUGGAAGUUGCUUCUCUGGAAUUUCAAGUGGAGUCUUAUAGGUAUAAACUGUUGAGUUUGGGUUGCCCUGAUUUAGGUCCUUGUGAACCUAGAUUUGCAGAUAAAGAUUUGGUUCAAAACAAGGACUUGGGGGGUUCAAAUGGAGAAACCAAGGUGAGAAGAGCAAAGUCGCUGCCUCCGAGUCAAGUCGACGAAAGAGAUGCUGCAGAAAUGGUGGAGGCAUUUGAGAUCCUUAAACUGGAUUGCUGCCCGAGUACCGUGCGACAUCCUAACCGUUGUUCGUGGGAACAAAUCGAAAUGUUAGAUGAACAAAUAAAAGAGAUAUCUGAUCCUAAAGGUAGUGGUGAAGAUAGAUUUGAAUGUUUGAAUGGUGGGAUUGCUAUUUGCCCUUCAAGCAUUCAAGAUAAACCUGGUGUAAGCCCAAAAUGUUCUUCUUCUUUGUCAAGUGUUCAUGAUAUUUUCGAGAUCCCAGAGGCCAACAAACAGAAUAUUACUCUUAAAACUUGUCAAGCUAAGAUUCAACUUCAGAAAAAUUUGAUAUUUGAAGGUGAAAAUAGACUAGGAAAGCCAGAUCCAUUACCCAUUGAACCGUUUAGACUGUACUAUGAACAUGAGCAAAAAACCAAGGCAAAGAAUGGUUCUAGUUGCAAAACCCUGAAGAACAAAUCAUCAAAAUCAAGGAAAGGAAAAGCUAUACAACAAAUUGAUGAAAUUGUUGCUGAAUCUCAACCUUUUCAGCAACUUUGCCGUGUAAUAAAUCAGCUGGAACAGAAUAGAGGCAGUAUAAGGCAAGAGAUUAGUAGUGCAGGGGCAGAGGAGAUGAGACUGCUGCAGGAGAUACAAAAACAGCUGAAUUCUAUUCAAUCCGAGAUGAGGAGUUUCAAACUCAUGCAGCAACGUGCGGUGCACAGCUCGAUGUUCGAUCUUCUACAAGAGGCAAUGCUGUACUUUUGGUUUUGAUGAAGCAUUGUGUUCUACAGCCGUGAAGUUCAACAAAAGUUAUUGUUUUGACUGUGAGUUUUGUUGAUGAAUCCGACUUAGUUU